UUACCUGUCUGAGUGGGCUGGGCGUGGCUACGCCACAGGAGAAACGGCUCCCUUUCAUCUUCAUUACACACUCUCUGGAAACUGACCUGCACACACCUGGGAGCUCAGACCAUGAUCACACCUGCACAGUAUGGAGAAACCUCGUGGGAGCUGGGCGUGCAAGUGGACGAGAAGGAGGGCGUGGAGUCCAUGAAGUUCAAACUCCGGGUGGCUGGAGACUUGCAUGUCGGAGGCCUCAUGCUGAAGCUGGUGGAGAAAAUCAAGGCUCCUCAGGACUGGUCCGACCACGCCUUGUGGUGGGAACAGAGGAAAUGCUGGCUGCUCAAGACUCAUUGGACUUUGGACAAAUAUGGAAUUCAGGCUGAUGCCGACCUGCGCUACACCCCCCAGCACAAACCCCUUCUCCUGCAGCUGCCCAACAUGAAAACCAUCAAAAUCAACGUCUGCUUCUCCAGCAUGGUCUUCAAGACGGUCAGCGACAUCUGCAGGCAGCUCAACAUCAGAAGACCGGAAGAACUCUCCUUGCUCAAGCCUCCAGAUGAUCCAAGCAAGAAAAAGAAGAAGAAAGACAAAAACUCUCCUCAGGACGACAUCUUUGACAUUUGGGAUUCGGCGAACGGGGGACCAGGAGGAACAGGCCCGAUGUACAGUAAAACCAUGACGGCGACGUACGACGAGAACGGGAUGCCCAUGUCCGCCACCAGCCUCUGGUUUGGGGAAAACCCCCUGGCCAAGUGUCAGCCCAACCUGCCGCCCGCUGAGCUGGCCAAGAUGUUCGAGCCGCUGUCGCUUGUGGACAAAGCCACCAACAACGCCGGGUGGCUGGACUCGUCCCGUUCCCUCAUGGAGCAAGACGUUCAAAGCAGCGACCGGCUGCUGCUUCGCUUCAAGUACAACGUCUUCUUCGAUCUUAACCCCAAAUACGACGCCGUCAGAAUCACCCAGCUGUACGAACAGGCCCGGUGGGCCAUCCUGCUGGAGGAGAUCGACUGCACGGAGGAGGAGAUGCUGAUGUUUGCCUCACUACAGUACCACAUCUGUAAACUGACCAUGUCCAGUGAGCCGAGGGACAACGCCAACGAACCGGAAGUGGAUGAAGUCGAGGCGGCUCUGUCCAACCUGGAGGUGACGCUGGAGGGAUCGCACACCGACAAAUUCCUGGAAGACAUUACAGACAUUCCCCAGCUGGCGGAUACCCUCCGGCUCUUUAGGCCCAAAUGGCUAACACUGCGUCCAUACAAAGAGUACUGGUUUGUGUUCAAGGACACCAAUAUCUCCUACUACAAGAACAAGGAGGCCUCCAGUGGUGAACCCAUAGAGCAGUUCCACCUCAGAGGCUGUGAGGUGGUCCCAGACGUCAACGUCACCGACAAGAAGUUCGGCAUUAAACUUCUGAUCCCGGUGGCAGAUGGAAUGAAUGAGGUCUACAUUCGCUGUGACAAUGAAAUGCAGUACGCCAAGUGGAAAGCUGCAUGCAUUCUUGCCUCCAAAGGCAAGACCAUGGCUUACAGCUCCUACAAAUCCGAAGUGAAGAACAUCCAUUCCUUCCUGCAAAUGAAGAGCCUAGCGCCGCCUCCCGGUCAUGCAACUCCUGACGUUGACGCCAUGGAAAUGAACGCAGAGAGUUUUGUCUCCCCGCGUUACGCCAAGAAGCAGAAGACUAAACAGCUGACGACGCGCAUCCUGGAAGCCCACCAGAACAUAGCACACCUGUCUCUAAUGGACGCCAAGAUGCGCUUCAUCAAAGCCUGGCAGUCCCUUCCGGAGUUUGGCAUCAAGUACUACAUCGUCAGAUUCAAAGGGAGCAAGAAAGACGAAAUCCUGGGAAUUUCUUACAACCGGCUGAUCCGCAUCGACAUGUCCACCGGCCUGCCCGUCACCACCUGGAGGUUUGCCAACAUGAAGCAGUGGAACGUCAACUGGGAAGUGAGACAGGUGAUGAUAGAAUUCGACCAGAGCGUGAGCAUCGCCUUCUGCUGCCUGAGCUGUGACUGCAAGGUGGUCCACGAGUUCAUCGGCGGCUACAUUUUCCUCUCCACGCGAUCCAAAGACCAGAAUGAAACGCUAGACGAAGACCUCUUCGUUAAACUUACGGGAGGCCAAGAAUGACCCAAAGAGGAACUUCCCCCUUUAUUGUUUUUUUCUUUAUACGAUCCAGCUUUAACCAUAAAUGCAAAUUACUGUUGUUUAACUCAGAUUCUCCUGUAGUUAUGGUUUUUAAAUGACCUUAAAUAUGCUUUUGUAAAUACUUAGGUAAUAUUUGUUUCUCAAAACUUGAAAGAACUGAGAGAUCAACUUCUGUACGGUGUAUAAAUGUUUUCCUUUUAAAUACUAAAACAAUAAAAUAAACACAUUUUUUUAUUGUUUUAUUGAAAA